AUGGAGGCUGCAUUGUGGUCAGAUGGUAUACCAUCGGACAUACUCGGAUUAAUAUCAUCACGUCUUAUUGCUGCGGAAUAUUUUAUUUUUCGUGCUGUUUGUAAAAAAUGGAGACACACACCCGUUACCCCUCCACAUUGUCCUGCUCAAUCAGAAAAAUCGCCUCGUUUGUUCACAUUGCGUGGAGAUACUGGAAUAGUUGAUUUCUUUCAUCCCGUGUAUAAUUUUAUGACAACUACGUCUAUUCCAAUUCCGAAAUUAAUGAAUUCUCGAAUUCGAAGUUCAAAAGGUAAUUGGUUACUGAUGAGUCAUGGUGAUUGCGAUAUGUUUUUUUUCAAUUUUAUUAGCAAUGAGAUAAUUGAACUUCCUAAUCUACAAGGGGAGAGUCGAUAUAUCACUUGUUGGAUAUUUUCAUGUCCUCCAAACUCGUCGUCAUCUGCUUGCUUUGUUGUUGGUUUGGACUACAGUGGUAAUCCUCCAGACGUUUGCAUCAUCAAAAUUGGAGAGACUAAUUGGACGUUUCAUAACUUAAGUGAUCUAGCAGAUACAUAUAAACAUUUUGCAUUAACGGGAUGCAGUAGUCCAAUAUUUUUUAGAAAUAAUAUUGUUUAUGUAGUGGGAGAUAAAGGAAAUCUGGGUAUACUUACCAUCAAUGAAAACUCAACUCCUAGUUGGGAAUUUUAUGGUAAACCAUUUCGAGGUAGAAGAGUAAAGUCAAUCAACUAUGUUUUCACGGCAGAAGAUGUCGAAAACAAAGGAAUAUUAGUUGUAUUUCUAUCUCACCACGAAGGGAAAGUAGAGGUUUGGAGGUACAAAAUGAAUGGAGAGGUGUUGGAGAGGGAAGAAAUAACAAGUUUAGACAAUAAUAAAACAUUGUUUGUGAGCUUGGUAGGAUCGUACUUGAAAACAUGUGUUGCACCGGGGCUAGGGAACAAGAUAUAUUUUUCAAUGUUUCACAAUGAAAAUGGUGUUUUCUAUUGUUUAGUCAAUCGCAAAUAUUACUCUUCUGAUUAUUUGGGCAUCAAAACUUAUUCAAGUCCAAAUAUUUUCAACUUCAUUCGACCAAUAUCAUGCAUUUUGGAUCGAAUCAGAGGAUGA